AUGGAGUUGGCAGCCGAGCCGGUGGACCUGGAAGAGCACUGGAAGGAGCACGACGAAAUGGCAGCAGGAAGCAUGCCGCUACCACUGCAUAUGGAGUUGAAAGCACAACAGCUGAGCCAGAAGCUGGACGAGCAAAAAGUACGAGCGGCGAAGAAGCGAGACGACGAGGAAGACUUAGACAAGUACAGCUCGCUUUACGAGCACAGCAGCGAUGGGCAGGGCAGACAGAGGGUGGGCGACGGUGAAGCACUACGGGCGACAGAUUUGAAAGCGCACCACCUAGGGAGAUACGAGAAAGUGAGGUUGCGAUCUUCGGUGCUGGAGAAAGAAGCAAGCAUGGGGCGCCGGGGCGAGCUGGAACAGGAGCACGACCUCUGGCUCAACGCGCUCGUGGACGACAUCGCCAAGAUCCACCCGGUGGUCUCGUCGGGCGAGGUAAUCCUGGAAAACCAGUUGGACAGCCUCUGCCAGGUCAGGAGACUCGACAACACGUGGAUAAGCGAAGCAUCUACACCUUGGGCCGAGCAGGUGGUCAGGGACUUAGAGGCGUUGGCGGAGGUCAGCGAGAACGCGCGGAGCUGGUCCAACUGUCGGAUGCCGGAGCUCGGAAGGCCGUGCUAUCAAGGCGCCAAGAAAGAAAAGGGUCCUGAGGCCAACGCGGCAGGCGCCGGCGGAGACCCCUCGAAGUUGGCGCCCGAGGACAAGAAGGCGAGCCUGAGGAAGCAGGUUGACUUUUAUUUCUCCGUCGACAAUCUGUGCAAGGACGUCUACUUGCGGCAGCAGAUGGACCAGGAGGGCUACUGCAAGCUCGACCUCAUCGCAAACUUCAACCUUGUAAAGAGAAAAUACAAGGCGUCCGUGACGGACAUCGCGGAAGCCAUCGCGGCCUCCACGUCCCUGGAGCUCGACGGCGACAAGACACGGGUGCGACUGAAGGAUCCGGCCGCGCGGGAGAAGUGGAAGAUGCCUGCCAAGACCGAGCGACGACCCGGCGAAGUGAGAGCGACCGCGGCACCCGCCGGCGGGCAGGCGACACCUCGCGGCACCGCACGACACGGGGGGCCGGCGGUUUUAAUCGACCCGCUAGGCCGAGCUGCCUUGCUAGCAGCAUAG